CCGCCGCGCUACCUACCACUGAAACUUCAACAACUGCAGUUCCAACUUUCCUUCGCUUUUACGAUUCUCUAUUAAACCACCCCAAAAUCUCUCUCUCGACUUUCUACAUAUAAAUCUUGCUCAUUGGAUUCUAAACCUGUUUAAAUCUUGUGUAAUUAAGACUCUAAUCAAAUUAAAAAUCAUACUCAUUUUGGAUAAACCAAGUAAAGUAGUUAUCUUUUCUUGAUUUUCUUGUUCUUGGUUUGGGAAAAAAAAGUAAUGGAAAAUAAAGCGGCGGUGAGGUUUACGUUAGGGAAGCAAUCGUCUAUGGCACCGGAGAAAAACAGAGCCGAACCGGACGGAAAAGAGAAAGAGGAAGGUGAAGAGAUAGACGGAGUUAGGCUGAUGUACUUAGCCAACGAAGGUGACUUGGACGGCAUUCGCGAGCUCUUGGGCUCGGGGAUCGACGUUAAUUUCCGCGACAUCGAUGAUCGGACGGCUCUCCAUAUUGCCGCGUGUCAAGCACAGACCGACGUCGUUUCCUUGCUCCUUCAGCGUGGCGCCAACGUCGAAUCUAAAGAUCGGUGGGGAAGCACUCCUUUGGCGGAUGCUAUAUAUUAUAAGAAUCAUGAUGUGAUUAAGCUUUUGGAGAAACAUGGAGCUAAACCUUUGAUGGCUCCAAUGCAUGUAAAUCACGCGCGUGAAGUCCCAGAAUAUGAAAUUGAUCCAAAAGAACUCGAUUUUACUAACAGCGUUGACAUUACUAAGGGAACCUUCUGUAGAGCAUCAUGGCGUGGAACAGAAGUUGCUGUAAAAAAGCUUGGAGAUGAAGUCCUUACUGAUGAGGACAAAGUGAGGGCAUUUAGAGAUGAGCUUGCAUUAUUUCAGAAAAUUCGACAUCCAAAUGUUGUCCAAUUUCUUGGUGCAGUAACUCAAAGUAGUCCCAUGAUGAUUGUGACAGAAUAUUUACCCAAGGGAGAUUUACGGCUUUUUUUGAAAGGAAAAGGAGCAUUGCGACCAAUAAAAGCACUGAGAUUUGCACUUGAUAUUGCAAGGGGAAUGAAUUAUUUGCAUGAGAAUAAACCAGCACCAAUAAUUCACCGUGAUCUUGAGCCUUCAAACAUUUUGCGCGAUGAUUCUGGACAUCUGAAAGUCGCAGAUUUUGGAGUUAGCAAGCUGCUCACAGUUAAAGAAGAUAAACCUCUAACUUGUCAAGAGACAUCCUGCCGGUAUGUAGCUCCUGAGGUUUUUAAAAAUGGUGACUAUGAUACCAAAGUGGAUGUGUUUUCAUUUGCUCUGAUCCUACAUGAGAUGAUUGAAGGCUACCCACCAUUUUCUGCAAAGCAAGAGAAUGAAGUUCCUCACGCAUAUGCAUCAAGGGAGCGUCCGCCUUUCAAAGCUCCAGCUAAGCAUUAUGCACAUGGGCUUAAAGAGUUAAUUGAGGAUUGUUGGAAUGAGAAGCCUGCUAAGCGACCAACAUUCAGACAGAUAAUAACAAGACUGGAAUCCAUUCACAACAGUUUCAGUCAUAAGAAGCGUUGGAAGGUUAGACCAUUGAAAUGCUUUCAAAAUCUGGAGGCAAUGCUGAAGAAAGAUCAUUCUAGUCCAAACAGCCACAGCGGUUCAUCUCGUUCUACUGGUGGCAUAUGAGUGACUGAUGGUUAAUCUUCCAAAGCUUAUAAUUGUGCAUAAAUUUUCGUAUUCACUUCUUAAGUUUGUUGUCUAAAGGAUCAAGUUGUAACCAGGAGCAUACCAUUUGUUUUUGUCCUAUGCUAAUUUGUUUGUAGUCAUUGUCGAGUUUGAUAUCUUUCAGAUUUGGUUCUCUCCCUUUGCAUCGUGGGCUGAGGACUACAUUUGUAUCAAUCCAUAGUGUUGUACCUGUCCAUGUACAUUAAGUAUGUUAUCAUAAUCCAAAUUUUUAUGAAUUUUAAGAAUUC